UUCUUAUCUAUUGUCUUCACCAACGUGACUGAUCAUGUGGCCUAAAUACUGACCACAUGUGACAGAAAUACACGUAUGUUUCACCAGACAGUCAAACUCGUAUCUAGGUUGGACACGUGCGAAAUCACGUCACAACAUUGUACAAGAAGCACAACCUGACCGAAUUUCUUGGACAGAAGAAGAAAUAAAUCCAUAAUGAACGGACCAUGUAUUCUCGGACUUGUGUUACUCUGCGGGAGUGGGUUAGCCGAGGAAAAUGUUUUGAUGACAGCUGUAAGGCUGGGAGGUAAAACCCUGGGAACGUUAGUACAGAGCACUAAUUUGACGGGCACGCUCAGUGGAACAGGACCGUUCACAUUAUUUGCUCCUGUGGACAAAGCAUUCAAAGCUCUUAACCAGAGUGUCCUCGAAAAACUGUCAGGCGACAAGGAGCUGUUGACCAGGGUAUUGUCGUAUCACGUGGUCAGCGGGAAUGUCACUUCCGGUCAGCUGAAAAACGACAUGGUCGUCGAUACGGUGGAGGGGACAUCAAAACUCAGGACCAACAUCUACGGUUCAAAGGUGACGGUAGACGGGGCGAAUGUGAUACUACCUGACCAAUUUGCCACUAACGGUGUCGUCCAUAUGAUAGAUAGAGUGCUUUACCCACUCCCCACACAAAACCUCUUGACGUACGUCGCGGGCACGCCGUCAUUGUCACAACUCGUCUACGCCGUGUCCAUGGGAGACCUAAUAGACUUCUUCAAAGGCGGACCCUUUACCUUAUUUGCACCCACGGAUGAAGCGUUUGGUAGACUACCACCUGGGCUUCUAAGCAAUCUCCUGUUGAAUAAGACGGCACUAAACAAUGUGUUGGAGUACCACGUCAUCCUAGGGACUGUCUACAGUGCUGGUCUGAGUGACAACCAACGAGUCCAGGCUGCUAACAAUCAGGACCUCACUGUCAAGAUCGAAGGAGAAAACGUCAUAAUAAACGACGCCAAAGUAACCACUGCUGACGUCACUGUGACGAAUGGAGUGAUCCACAUCAUCGAUACGGUCCUUCUGCCGCCAUCCGUAGCCGCAGGAUACAGCUGAUAAAAGUUAAUUUUCCCGACUGUAAAUAUGUAAAUAUAUUAUACUAACUAUUGUAAAUAAAAACUAACAUAAGUUUAA